UUUUCGGGACCCCGCACUGAUGUCUGGUGCGAGUUCCUAGGUUCAUUCAGUUCUAUGAGGGAGGGCGGCGGAGAGUCGGGGUUGGAGGAGUCUUUGGAGCCGUAUCAUCGAAAUCUGCGUGUUAAUCAGCUAAAAGCUUUAUUACGGCAACAUGAAGAAAAAGAGAAUGAAACAUCCGCUUCAAGGAGGAGGACAACAUCGCUUUCAAGGACCUCUAAAGGUGCAGAUCAGAGUUUGUCCACAGUUUGUGAUCUUGUUCCCAUCAUUAAUGAUCAGUCACAAUACAUUAACCACCUAGAAGCUGAAGUUAAAUUUUGCAAGGAGGAAAUGUCAGAACUGAAAAAUCGUAUACAUGUGAUUGUGCUUGAAAAUGAGAAGCUCCAUUGUGAUCUGAAAAUGGUAACGGUAGAGAACUCUCUUAAAGAACAAACUGUGUUGGAUUCCUCAGCAGCUCCUCAAAAUUCCUACAUUCCACAUGGUGAUGAUGCAGCCACCAGACUUUUUUCAUGUGUCAAUGAACAGGGUGCAGCUGCAGCAGAAAUGGAUAAAUGGCACAUAGAGAUGGAAAAACUUAAAAGUCUCUAUCAAGAAAAAACAGAUGUCCUGGAGGCUCAAAUUCAGUCCUUAAGAAAGGACUUAUCAGAGGCCCAGAAAAACUGCAGAGAUCUGAGUGGAAGAUUAAAACAUCAACAGAUGAUUAAUGCAGCAAAUAGUUCCAAUAAGGUUGGCGGUCUUUGCUUGAAAUGUGCACAGCAUGAUGCUGUCCUUUCCCAGACUCAUUCAGAUGUCCACAUGCAAACCAUUGAAAGGUUAACAAAAGAGAGGGAUGAAUUAAUGACAACACUAUCAUCAGUAAGAAGAAACCUAAAUGAAAUGCAGCAAAGGGAAUGUAGCGCUUAUGAACAAGUGAAGCAAGCUGUACACAUGACUGAAGAAGCCAAUUUGGAAAAAACCAAGGCUUUGGUCCAAUGUGAUCAACUUAAAAAUGAAAUGGAGAGACAAAGAGAUCGCUUUGAGAGGGCAUUAGCAGUCCAGUUGGAAAAGAGAGGUGGAGACCGAGAAGCAGUACGUGAAGAAAUGAAGAAAGAGAACAAGAACUUGUCAUCCACGGUGAUGUCUUUAUCUCAGAAUGUAGCUACACUGGAGGCUCAGGUUGACAGGAUUACAAGAGAGAAGAUCUCUUUAGCUAACCUGCUGGUAGAAGCUCAAAAUCAAAAUGCUUCCCAUGAUAUGGAGAUUAAUAAGGUGUGUGGGGAAAUACGUUAUGAACUGAAUAAGACCAAAAUGAAGAAGGAUGAGGCAGAAAAGGAGCACAGAGAGUAUAAGAUGAAAACUAUAAGGGAGCUCGAAAUUAAAGAUCAGGAAAUAGAGAGAACACAAGUGAAAUUUAUUGAAAAUAAACAGCGUUUAGAAGUAGCACAACAAGAUGCAGCAAGAGCAAAGGAUGAAUAUCUGAAACUAACAGAACUGCUGAGUAAAGCUGAACACCAGCUGUACCUUACCAGGUUGGAAAAAGAGAACAUUCAGCACAGCUUUAGCAAUGAGGCAAAGACCCGAGCCUUUCAGGCCCAGCAGAGAGAACAGGAGCUGACACAGAAGAUGCAGCAAAUGGAGGCCCAGCAUGAUAAAACUGUAAAUGAACUGGAUUCAUUGCUGAGCUCACAGAAUACAUUCAUAUCAAAGUUAAAAGAAGAAUGUUGUACACUGGCAAAGAAGCUUGAGUAUAUCUCAGAAAAAAACAGGUCUGAAAUCAGUAAGCUUAGUCAGGAAAAUGAAUAUGUCCAUGACAGACUUGAGAAGAUGCAAAAAAGGAAUGAUGAAUUGGAGGAGCAGUGUAUCCAACAUGGAAGGAUGCAUGAUAAAAUGAAGCUAAGGUUGGUGGAUCUACUAAUUUAUCCCUGUGUGACCUGCUACAAAGUACUUGUGCAUCCUUUGACAGGACAGUACUUGAAUUUUAGGAACAUGACCAAAAUCUUUCAGACACAUUUCUUUUUUAAAUAUUAUUUUCAUAGCCUUUAAUAAAUAGGUAUUAAACUUCCUUAAUUCCUUAGAAGAAUUCAUACCCAGUCUGUUCAGCACUUACUUUGUGGCUGUUUAUGUUGUUCAAGCUGUUUAUAUUAUUUCACACAUGAAUUGUCUGAUUAUAUUUAAACCUGCUUGCAUCCUUAUUGAAGAAGCCAUUCUUGUGUUUUGUCAAUGGCUAUAAGUAGCAUUUAUUUUAAUAGUAUUUAUUAAUAAUGUUGUUACUGUAAGAUACAGCUCUGUAAAACUUAAACUAACUUUAAAAUAUCACUUCACUAUUUUUAAAUGUUAAUAAAAAUAUUGAAAGUGCAAAA